AUAACACAAAGUAUUUUGAGUAAAAUGUGUAAAAUUAACUGUUUAUCGUGAUAAAAUGUUCGGCGUAGUGGUCGUAUUGUCCUGUGCAUUCGCACUCGCUGCCACCAGCUCCGUCAACUACUGCGGCGCCAAGAUGUGUGGAGGCAAAAAUACACAUACUUUCUGCCAGUAUCCAGAAGGCCCAAGUCCUAAUUGCCUGGGAUACAUAGAAGCCAAACUUAAUAUACAGGAGAAAGCGAGACUGUUGGAUCGGCUCAACAAUCGGAGGAACGUGGUGGCCAUGGGGGGGAUGCGAGGGUUCCCUUCUGCUGGAAACAUGCUCAAACUGCGUUGGGUUGAGGAGCUGGCUCGUGAAGCCCAGCGCUGGGCAGACCAGUGUCGUCCGCCGCGCAUCGUCGAAGAACACGACGCUUGUCGUGAUCUAUACUCACUGACAGUCGGCCAAUGUGUGGCGUCGGUAGUGGGCGAAUCGCCAGGACUUCGAGUGGAGUCCAUGGUCGACAUUUGGUACAUACAAAGCAUGCUGUACAAAGGCAAUUCCACCUUCUACGUGCCUCCAGGUAACGAUACCAGAUACUACGGCGACUUUGCGCAGAUCAUUUGGGCAAAAAGUUACAUGGUGGGCUGUGGCCGCAGUCGAUUUAUGACGUCUUGGCAAGGUCGCCUCCGAAGUGUGGAACGUCUAGUCUGCAACAUAGCACCGUUCGGACCCCACCCGACGCGCUCCUUAUGGAUCCCUGCGGCACCAACUGCUGCCUGCCCAUAUCGUGCAGUGCGAUCUUCGGUUUGGGGUGGCCUGUGUGAUUACCAAAGAAAACAAGACGAGAUUGUAUCGCUCGAUCCAUCUACAACGCUAGAAGAACACAUACUUUUAAAUACUAUAUUAGAAAUAGAAGAAAAUGAGACAUUGAACUAUUUAGGCAGCAUAGAUGAGAUUUACUUAACCAAACUGGCCAUUGCAAAAUUGGCUAAUUCAUUAACCACAAAAUCACGUUUCAAUUCGAAGCAGAGGAGAGAAGUUGUUGAUUUUGUAGAGGUUAUUGAGUUCUACUUCAAUGAUAGUACAAUCGCAUUUAUUCCUCAAGUAUUAAUAACACAUGACUUCAUAUUUAUGCAAGAUGCUCAAACAAGAAAAACAACCAUACCAUUGCAAACAGAAAUGACACUAAAAUUAACAACAGAAACAGAAGAGAAAAUGAGUUUGAUUGGAAGAACGAGUACUAACAACAAGGAAAAUUUGUCUAAUUUUGAUGGAAAAACAGAAAAUAUCAAAACCAUUAAGGAAAUGCCUCAGAAAGAAAAGAAUAACAUUGCUGAGUAUAUUGGUACAAUUACCUCUAGUACAACUUCGGAAAACUUACUACAGACUACAGAAGUUCCAAAGUUCACUAGUGUGGACGAGGUUUCAAAUUUAACAAGCAUUUCUAAAGAUUCAAGCACUACUGAUGAUUACGAAUAUCAUACUUAUACUGCGGUGCCUCCUAAAAUUUUGGACGAUGUGACAAAGUUAGAAGUAGUAUUACCUGUAACCUUAAAGAAUCCUGAGGAUAAUGAGCAAGAUGAUUACGAUGACUCUGAUGAACCGAGUGGUAGCGAGAGCGAUGACGAUGAAGACAGUGAUGAUGGUGAACAAAGUGGUGACGGUAAAGGUAGCAGUGAUGGUGACGGUAGCGGCGACGGUGACAGUGACGGCAGCGGUGACCAUAAAGGCAGCAGUUACGAUAAAAGUAGCAGUUACGACGACGGCAACGGUCAUGGUAGAGGAGGCAGUGAUAGUGACGGCGAAGGAGGAGGAGACAGCAAUGGCGACGACGUCAGGAAAAACAAUCGAUUUGGCGCGAUGUAUUUGCCUAAUAAGACGGCAGACUUUUUUAAUUAUGGGUCAGACCCUGAAACGGUCCUUCAGCUGCAAGAGGCUUUACAUCGUAUUGAGGAGGAUUUGGCACCAAAGAAAGAGAAUCAGAAACGACAAAAGGUACGAAGAGAGCUGCACCACAAAAGUAUGGAGAAAGGAAGACCACGCAAACAUCGGAAGAAAUCACGAGAAGAGGAGGAGAUUCCACAAAAAGUAGCAAACGGUAUUAGUCCACUUCUACAUUUCAUGGAAUUAAUGCCGAAAGAAGGACGUAAUGUCGCUAGUCCUGUCACCCCGUCUCUUGUGAUAGUUUUAGUUAUGUGUUUAAAUAAUUGUAUUGUUUAG